GGUGAGGGAUGAGAGGGAUGAGAGGGAUGAGAGGGACGAGAGGGACGAGAGGGACGAGAGGGACGAGAGGGACGAGAGGGACGAGAGGGACGAGAGGGACGAGAGGGACGAGAGGGACGAGAGGGACGAGAGGGACGAGACGAGAGGGAUGACAGGGAUGAGAGGGAUGAGAGGGAGCUCGAAAGCCCACCUGCGCUUCCACACCGUGGCGGACCUGCACAGCUUCGGCAGCACCAUGAGAGCCUCUGGCCACUCCCUCACCUCCCUUCGUCUGGGGCCCACUCCCACGGAUGCAUCCCACUGGGAAGACCCAUAUGGGCAUGCCCAGGAACAGCAGCAGCAGCAGCAGCAUGAGGAGCAGCAGCAGCAGCAGUAG